AUGGUGAGGACGAGGACGAGGUUGCUGCUGCUGCUGCUCCUCGCCCUCACGGUGCUUUCCCCGCUCGCGCUCUACACUAGCCGCCUCCCCGCGGCGCUUAACCCCAUCCAAACGCGGGAUUUUCCUGGAGAAAUCACGAAUCAGGGCCGUGGCGGCAAGGCAGACAAGCUGAAUGCACUUUCUCUGGAAACCGUGAGCUCUUUGAAAGAACCUGUCGGCAUUGUCUUCUCAGAGGAACUGACUGAGUCUAAGAGCCAAGAUUUGCCAUUGACGAAAGUAGGGGAGCACAAGAGCCGCGUGCUCUCUGAAGUGACGGUUGCUGCUGAUGGCACCGCAUUGAAAGCUAAUGAAGUGAUCAAGCAAGUGACGACGCUGGAAGCACAGGAUGGCGGCUUGGUGAAGGGAGCAGGCGUUUCAGAUGAGCAGGAGAAAAACAUUGGAUCACAGCAGCAAUCUUCUUCUGAGGAAAGUUCACAGGACACUAUGCCUAAACAGUCACCUGCAAAGGUUAUAAUGGAGAACUUCCGAUCAGCUAAAACAGAUGGUAAAACUAAAAUUACUGUUUUACCUGAUGUGCGGAUCCGAAAUAUCAAGGAUCAGUUAAUCAAGGCGAAGGUCUACCUUGGUCUUGGAUCCAUUAGAGCGAAUUCCCAGUAUCUUAAAGACUUACGACAGAGGAUACGAGAAGUUCAAAAGGUGCUUGGUGAUGCAUCCAAGGACUCUGAUCUACCAAAGAAUGCAAAUGAGAAGGUUAAAGCACUGGAACAGAUGCUGAUUAAGGGAAAACAGAUGCAGGAUGAUUGUUCUAUUGUUGUCAAAAAGCUUCGAGCUAUGCUUCAUUCAGCAGAGGAGCAGCUGCAUGCACACAAAAAGCAGACUGUUUUUCUGACACAACUUGCAGCUAAAACCCUUCCUAAAGGUCUUCACUGCCUCCCCCUGAGACUAGCUAAUGAAUACUUUUCAUUGGAUCCUGUUCGGCAGCAGUUCCCAAACCAACAAAAACUCAUUAACCCAAAACUGUAUCAUUAUGCCUUGUUCUCGGAUAAUAUACUAGCAACAGCGGUUGUUGUUAAUUCGACAGUGUUAAAUGCUAAGCAUCCUUCUGAUCAUGUUUUCCACAUAGUAACUGACAAACUGAAUUAUGCUCCAAUGAGAAUGUGGUUCCUCUCUAAUCCUCCGGGGAAAGCAACAAUUGAAGUACAGCAUAUUGGGGAGUUCACAUGGCUAAAUGACAACUACAGUCCAGUACUCAAACAACUUGGGUCCCAAUCCAUGAUUGAUUACUACUUCGGAACGAAUCGUGCAAAGUCAGAUUCAAACUUGAAAUAUCGAAACCCAAAGUACCUGUCAAUCCUUAAUCAUCUGCGUUUUUACCUGCCUGAGAUUUAUCCAAAGCUUGACAAGAUGGUCUUUCUUGAUGAUGACAUAGUAGUAAAGAAGGAUCUGACUGGCCUUUGGUCAAUCAAUAUGAAGGGGAAGAUAAAUGGUGCUGUUGAGACUUGUGGAGAGAAUUUCCAUCGCUAUGAUCAAUACCUGAAUUUUUCAAAUCCUAUUAUCGCCAAGAGUUUUGACCCGCAUGCUUGUGGUUGGGCUUUUGGAAUGAAUGUGUUUGACCUGGCUGAAUGGAGGCGGCAGAACAUAACACAAGUCUAUCACUUGUGGCAGAAGCUUAAUGAAGAUAGAUCGCUCUGGAAACUUGGUACACUCCCUCCGGGUUUGAUCACAUUCUGGAACAAGACAUUUCCCCUCAGCCGGUCAUGGCAUGUUCUUGGUCUAGGUUACAAUCCCCAUGUAAACAGCAGAGACAUUGAGCGUGCUGCGGUCAUACAUUACAAUGGCAACAUGAAGCCCUGGCUGGAGAUUGGCCUGCCCAAGUUCCGGAGCUACUGGUCCAAGUAUCUGGAUUAUGACCAAUCUUUCCUGCGGGAAUGCAACAUUAAUCCAUGA